GAUGGCGUUGACGUUUGACAGUUCUCCCUUUCUUUUACGUCAGGCUUUCAUUUCCGAUAGGACUGUGAAUAGCAGAUAAGCAUUUUCAUAACAAGAAAAAUGGCCAAAACAAAAGGUGAAAAACGUAACAAGUCCGCCAUCAAUGAAGUGGUAACCCGCGAGUGCACCAUUCACUUGGCCAAGCGUGUCCACAACAUUGGCUUCAAGAAGCGUGCUCCCCGUGCUAUUAAGGAAAUCCGCAAAUUUGCCGAAAAGGAGAUGGGUACCAAUGAUGUCAGAAUCGACACCCGUUUGAACAAGCACAUCUGGUCCAAGGGUAUCAGAUCCACCCCCUUCCGCGUUCGCGUACGUUUGGCUCGUCGUCGUAAUGAUGAUGAAGAUUCACCCAACAAAUUGUACACUUUGGUAACUUAUGUUCCUGUUGCCACCCACAAGAACUUGCAAACCGAAAAUGUUGAAUCCAACGAUGAUUAAAUUCUACGUUAGACGUAUCCCUUCCAAAUGUGAUUAUUGCCAGCCAAGGCAAUAUGUUUUGGUUGGGUAAUGUUUAGAUGAUUAUCAGUUGUUUGUUCUAAAACGGACUUUUAGGUUUAAAUAAAAGUAAUGUCCAUUUUAUUGGAAGAAGAAAAUAAAGUUUUUAUUUUGUACACAACAA